UCCGGGGAAGAAAUGUGGAUGCAUUGUGUUUUCUGCUGAGGAGCUCAGUAACUGUAGGGACAUCGCCACUAUGCAGCUCUGUGCCAACAAGCUGGACAAGAAGGACUUCUUCGGCAAGUCGGACCCCUUCCUGGUGUUCUACCGCAGCAACGAGGACGGGACAUUUACCAUCUGCCAUAAAACAGAGGUGAUCAAGAACAACCUGAAUCCUGUGUGGCAGUCCUUCACCCUCCCAGUGAGGGCCCUCUGCAACGGGGACUACGACCGGACAGUGAAAGUGGACGUGUUUGAUUGGGACAGAGAUGGAAGCCAUGACUUCAUCGGGGAGUUCACCACCAGCUACCGAGAGCUGUCAAGGGGUCAGAGCCAGUUCAACGUGUACGAGGUUCUGAAUCCAAAGAAGAAAGGAAAGAAGAAGAAAUACGUGAACUCAGGGACGGUGACCUUGCUGUCUUUCAAAGUGGAGUCAGAAUACACCUUUGUGGAUUUCAUCCGAGGAGGGACGCAACUCAAUUUCACCGUGGCCAUCGACUUCACAGCGUCCAACGGGAACCCCUCUCAGCCCACCUCGCUGCACUACAUGAGCCCGUACCAGAUGAACGCGUACGCUAUGGCCCUGAAGGCGGUGGGGGACAUCAUCCAGGACUACGACAGCGACAAGCUCUUCCCAGCCUAUGGCUUCGGGGCCAAGCUGCCCCCAGACGGAAAGAUCUCCCACGCCUUCCCCCUGAACUCCAACACGGAUGACCCCAACUGCGUGGCCAUCGAGGGCGUGCUGGAGGCCUACUUCCAGAGCCUGCGCAGUGUCCAGCUCUACGGACCCACCAACUUCGCCCCCGUCAUCAACCAGGUGGCCAGGUGAGUGACACCCACGCAUGCACGCACAAACAUAAACACACACACACAUAGUCACACGCACACACACACCAACACAGUCUCACUCCGAGUUCUUCAAAAAUCGAAGCUUUUUCGGGGCUUUUGGCGUUAGCUGCUGACGCAAAGGGUGUCCUUGUGCGUUUUCAUUAGACGCAGGGGUUUUCAAAUCCCCACAAAGACUCCCUUUGCGUCAGCAGUUAACGCCAAAAAUUUCGAUUUUAGACGAACUCAGAGUGAGACUGCGUUGCACACACACACACACACACGUGCA